GCGGCAGAUGGCCGGGCGCCGGCCAGACUUUCGACUCCCGUUCGAUUUCGCAAUCGCCGGGAGCUCCAAACCGGAGAGGGGCGGCGAUGCGAGAGCAGCCCGACCCGUCUCCAGACGCCACCGUCGCACCAUUAGUCCAGCGCGCUCGGCCCGAGGCUUCUGCACGGCCGCCGGGGCUUUUAACUCUCGGAUGCCGCAUAGACCGGAUCAGGGAGAGAUCCCCACAACCCGCCUUGCUUGCUGACCGGUUUUUAACCGAAACGGACCAGAGCCCAGAAAGGCAAAGAAGGGGAGCGGGGGAGGGGGGGUGUUUCUCUUUGUAUUUGUCCCCGACGCGACAGGUCUAAGGGGGAAGAAGGGCUGCGGUCUCGCGAUGGAGCGCUGGAAGGGCAGAGUGGCUCUGGUGACCGGAGCCUCGGUCGGGAUCGGCGCGGCUGUCGCCCGGGCGCUUGUCCAGCAGGGCAUGAGGGUUGUCGGCUGUGCCAGGAGUGUGGACAAGAUCGAGAAGCUGGCGGCAGAGUGUCAGAGCGCAGGCUACAGCGGCACGCUGAUCCCCUACAAGUGCGAUCUGUCCAACGAGGAUGAGAUCCUGUCCAUGUUCUCGGCCAUCAAGACAUUGCACCAGGGGGUAGACGUGUGCAUCAACAACGCCGGCCUGGCCCACAACGAGCCUUUGCUCAGCGGCAAGACGGAAGGCUGGAGGAACAUGAUCGACGUGAAUGUCUUAGCUUUGUCAAUCUGUACCCGCGAAGCCUACAAAUCAAUGAAGGAGAGAAACGUGGAUGACGGCCACAUCAUCAACAUUAACAGCAUGAGUGGGCACAGAGUUGUACCAAGUGCUGACGUGCACUUCUACUCUGCUACUAAAUAUGCUGUGACGGCACUAACUGAGGGGCUGAGGCAAGAACUCCGAGAAGCUAACACCCACAUCAGAGCCACAUGUAUCUCCCCAGGAAUAGUGGAGACCGAGUUUGCCUUCCGGCAACACAACAGCGACCCAGAGAAAGCAGCUGCGGUGUACGAGAGUAUAAAAUGCUUGAAAGCGGAGGACAUAGCCAGCACAGUCACAUAUGUCCUCAGCGCUCCUCCCCACGUUCAGAUUGGAGAUGUGCAGAUGAGGCCGGUGGAACAGGUGUCCUAGCAGCGGGGCAGGCAAGUUGCAGGAGGAGCAGACAGACAGCAGCCACGGUGACUCCUUUAGCGUCCUCUGCUGGGCAACAGAAAAACAACUCAACUACAGUUCUGCUGGAUCUUCUGGACAGAUGUGGUCAGAGGAGGUGCUGGAGCCUUGUGUGAGGCGGCUGUGCAGAAAUUCAUCACGACAGGUGUGGACAAUCUCAACCACCGCCUCAUUACUACUGAAACUACUGAACGCAGAAACCUGGUCUUUGUGGUGUAUUGUUCAGCCUUUGUGGAGAACAAGAGGCGGGUAGAAAUUAGGAGGAAAGGAUGGAGAGGCGCUCCUGUGCUUAACGGGGUUAUCUGCAUGACCAUCACUUCAGGAGAAGAGUAUUCCAUUAAUUGCACAUGAUUGGUUUUGGUUGUUUUGUUUGUUUUUGGUUUUUUUUUAGGUCAUACCGCAUAUCUUUUUAAAAUUAAAUGAGUAAUUUGCUGUUUAUAAGGAAAAUAAUUAUUAUUCUAAUUUUUUUUUUAUGAAUAUUUUAACUUCUGAUUGUAGACGGAUGUGGACUCUUGUAACCGUUGACCCUACCUACCUACCUACCUAACCAUAGACAUUUUUUUUUCUUCCCCCCAUUCUGUACCAACCAAUACUUAAGGUUUAACAAAUAAAUGUCAUUAGCUAGGCCUGGACGCGUCCAGUUCACUUACCCAAGCCCACGUCAGCAAGCAGCACAAGUGCACAAGGGAUGAUGGUGUGUCUCUUAUUCCGUAAGUGUGGUUUCCCAGCCCACUAAAUGUGGAGUCACCGCUAGGGGGUGGUUUUGCACUUUGGAUUCAUUUGGAGAGAGGUGAAGUAACUAACUCAGUGCACGUGUAUGUUAUACAGCUGUGUACCUAUACAGUAGAAAUGUCUCAUUGAAUCAAUAAAAAUUAUUG